UAAAUCUCUAAUCACACACUUGGUGCUAGUUAAUACAUUUCUUUAGCGGUGCUUCCACACCAAAAAACGCACCACCGGCUCUGCUGCUCUUUGUCACCACUGGAUCUAAACUCACUCACUCAUCUACCGCGCUACCACCGGCAAUACCAAAAGACAUUUUAUAUUCCCAGGAAGAUUUUAAUUCCUCCACACUCGUCUGUGACUGAGAAAUGAGUCAUAAAGCCCUUUUCCUGUGGAUUUUCCUACAGUGUGCUGCUGCGCUCUUUCCGUCCGCUCUUGGGGAAAACGCUGUUAUAAAAGGUGAAGACAGUGGUUUGGAUGAACUGUCAACAGACAGCAAGGCUCUCAGUGGCAUCAUCAAGUACAACAUGAGAAAGAGUUUAGAUCUGGACCAGGAGGGCUGCUACCUGCAGACUGGCAAGAAGGAGUGUCUAGAGGAGUGUGGCUUUAACGCUACAGCCAAGACCAUCUUCAUCAUACACGGCUGGACGAUGAGCGGGAUGUUCGAAAGCUGGAUGCAGAAGCUGGUCUCUGCAGUGAUGCGGCGUGAAAGCGAGGCCAAUGUGGUGGUGGUUGAUUGGAUAGCGAUGGCGCAGCAGCUGUACCCCGAUGCAGUCAACCACACCCACAGCGUGGGCCUCGACAUUGCCGCCAUGCUCAACUGGCUUCAGGAUGAGCAGCAGCUGCCUCUGGAAAAUGUGCACCUAAUUGGCUACAGUUUAGGCGCUCACGUAGCUGGCUACGCAGGAACUUACGUUCGAGGGACCAUCGGCAGAAUCACUGGUCUAGAUCCAGCAGGACCCAUGUUUGAAGGUGUAGAGGAACGGAGGCGCCUCUCCCCAGAUGAUGCCGACUUUGUGGACGUUCUGCACACAUACACUCGAGAGGCUUUGGGUGUCAGCAUUGGGAUCCAGCAGCCAAUUGGGGACAUUGAUAUCUACCCCAAUGGUGGUGACGUGCAGCCUGGCUGUGCACUGGGUGACGUGCUCGCAGUGGCUGGAAAUUUCAUGGAGGUGAUGAAGUGCGAGCACGAGCGCGCCGUGCACUUGUUUGUAGACUCCCUGAUGAACAAGGACCACAUGAGCUUUGCCUUCCAGUGCACCGGCCCCGAUCGCUUCAAGAAGGGCAUCUGCCUCAGCUGCCGCAAAAAUCGCUGCAACAACAUCGGCUAUAACACCAGAAAGAUGCGCAAGAGGCGCAACAGUAAAAUGUAUCUGAAGACACGUGCUGACACUCCCUUCGGAGGCUACCACUACCAGAUGAAGAUGCACGUGUUCAACAGAAAACAGUCCGACAACGCAGAUCCCACCUUCCACGUCAAGUUGUACGGAGCCCAUAAUGAUACAGCAAACAUAUUUGUCGACGUCCAUGAGAACACUGUCGGUCUGAACCUGACCAACACCUUCUUGGUGUUUACUGAGGAGGAUAUUGGUGACCUGCUGAAGAUCCGUCUGAGCUGGGAAGGAGAAUCUGAUUCCUGGAACUCCGUCUGGAAGAACAUUAAGAAAACAUUCUGGGCCUGGAACACCAAGCCUCCCAAACCUGUACUGGAAGUCCGACGGAUUCGUGUGAAAGCUGGAGAAACUCAGAAGAAGUUUACGUUCUGUGCCCAAGACCCAGCAAAAACUGAAAUUUCACCAGGAGACUCUGUAACUUUUGUGAAAUGUCGUGAUGGCUGGGAAGUGAAACCAAGAAAACGGCUGGCCAUGUAAAGCUAACUCAGCACUUCAACAACCAAUGCCACCAUCACCAUGGGGGACCGAGCAUGGAUCAGCGAGAAGCACUGGCUUCUCUUUAAGCACUUUUUUGUAGGAGGAAGAUGGAUCAGCAUGUGGUGGUAGGUGCUUGACUGAACUCUUAACUGCACCUGGAAGGUUUCAAUUGGUUUCUGGAAACAACAAGGAAUCUGGGGUCUGUCCAGCCUACGAGACUGGAAAACAACACGCAGGCUGGAAACAAGGGGCAGUCCUAGAUGUGUUAAGGUCACCCGAGGAGUUACCGAACGUUCCUUUGUGUGGACUAGUGACGUAGAAUACAGAUCUGUGCCAGUGGAUGCACACCAGCAAUUGUAGUCACUGUACUGUACAUUUUUGAAUAUUUUCUAUUUAUAAAAAUGGAAGCACUGCAAGACCAACGUUAUUUAUCAGAGCACAUCCCAUAAUGAAGCAUGAAUGCAUUUCUCGCGUGUGUGUGUGUGUGUGUGUGUGUGAGAAGUGUGCCUUUUCUGCUCAGAGAUUAAUGAUACACUGUGUAACUGAAGGAGAUAUGGAUUUCAUUGCGCACAACCUCUUUCUGGGGCUUUUGUGCAUAUUGUUACUGUAUGUGGCUUAUUUUGGGUGUGUUUAUGUACAUAAUGUAAAUAACUUUUUGGAAAAAUAAAUCACCUGUUAUUUGUAAAAA